AAACCGAAAGAAAGCGCCCUUCUGAAAGUCAAAACUGAAUAAAUUUUUCUUCGCUGAAAAUUAAUUCAUACCAAACAAAGCGAAGUAGAAGCUGCUUUCGCAGAACCCCAUUCGGACAAAGUAGAAUCUUGACCCUCUAGGCCGGAGGGUUUUGAAUUCUGGGCGUCUCCAUGGAAAAUUUCAGAUCCAAAUCGUACGCUGAUGGGAGGUAUCAAAUUGAGAGCUACACCGGCACCGGAACUGCUUCCACCGGCGGCUUCCAUGGCAUGCAAGAUCUCCGUUGCUACAGUGCUUCAUACUCAUCCUCUGUUCCUCCUUCAACCACCCAAAACCAGAUUGGGGUCAACGAUGUGAAGUUCAAGAAGGGCAAGUCCACUAAUAGUUCCUCUUCCAAAAACUGGAGCAUCAGUGAUCCAGAGUUGCAGAGGAAGAAGAGGGUUGCUAGUUACAAGGUUUAUACUGUUGAAGGUAAACUUAAAGGGUCUUUCAGGAAGAGCUUCAAGUGGCUCAAGGACAGGUACACUAGAGUUGUGUAUGGAUGGUAGUGAUUGCUAGUUCUGAGGAUCUCAGGUUGGUGUUUUGAUCUUUGAAAAGGACCAUAAUCCCUCAAUUGGCUGUCUUAUUAUAUAUUUGUUUAUCUGCUGAUCACAGUUUAUUUCCGAGUCUGCAAGUAUAAAUAUUUAAUGUAAUGUGGUUGAUAAAUUGUCAAGUGUUCACCAUGGAUUCUAUUAAGAGGGUAAUCAUCUUGUUUACUCCCGGAAGGAUUGGCAUGGCUGUCUGUGAUGGUAUUUUGUGAAGGCCAAUUUCCUGUUACAUUAACUUCUCAAUUUCAAUUUAAUGCAUUAUCAAUAAA